CAUUCUCAUGGCAGCUCCCUCCCUUUUUCAAUUUUGUCGAAGCCUGAAGUCAAUCUGCCAAGCAUUUCGCCGUUUGCUUCCACAUUUAUCUAGCACCUACCAAGGCCUCUUCUCUUCCCCCAAACAUCUCCUUGAUCAACUCACCUAGUCUUAGUUGAAUUCAGUCAUUCCAUCAUCUUUGGCAGUCUCCCUCCAUCAAUUCGUCACGUAUCACUGGCUCCUGUCUAUACUAGUUAUGUUGCUAACUUAGCCAGGAACAAUGCAGGGGACCAAACGACGCGAGCGGGAGAACCGACCUUGUGACCAGUGCAGGGAGAACAGAUGUCGCUGCGACCGCGACGCAGCCAAAAAAAGAUGUCUUUCAUGCGAGGAGCAGAAUCGAGAAUGCACGUUUCUCCGCGGACCCAUGCCACGGAAGAUAAAAAAUGACCAGACCUCGCCGAUAGGAGCCCAGCCCUCGACCUCGAAAUUGGCGUCACCUGUACGGCCAAAGGGUAGAGCUGGUUCUUCUCUAGACAAAUCCCUAGGUCUGAGAUUACAUUUACACUCGGAAUACAUUGGCCCCUCCAGCUAUCAUGAGCCCUCGUUGCUGGAGCUGAAACCGUCUGCGUCGCACCCUCCGGCAAAGCAUGACUGUCGCCUACGACAGUUUGGUGGUUCUACGGCUUUUAUGAUUCACACCAACGAGGACUCGGCGUUUGAGGUCCAGCGCAUCGCUGAGCUAGAUAGGAUCGAGGCGACGGUUCAACCUCUGGGACCAACCUUGGUGAAGUUGUAUUUUCACAUCGUGCAUCCGACAUUUCCUGUCCUGCAGAAGGACGCUUUCCUUGCGAAGUAUGCGCGAUCUUACCGUGAAAUUUCUCCUCCCCUUCUGGCUGCAGUGUAUCUCCUAGCCUUGGAUUGGCAGCUGUUUGAUCGGGCGCUCAGUGCGUCUAAAAUUCCCGAUGUGGCCGUGCUUGAGAAUCUGGCAAUGCGAGCGAUGGAUGAUGAUCUGACGAGACCGAAACUAUCGACUCUGCAGGCAGGUUUGCUGUUGUUGCAGCGGGUUGGGCGUACAAAAAACACCCUUCUCGCACAGUUGGUUGCUUUGGGCCACGCUCUAGGCAUCCAUGUCGACUGCAGUGACUGGGCUAUCUCGAAGUCCGAGAAAGGCCUGCGGCGGCGUCUGGCAUGGACCCUGUACAUGCAGGAUAAGUGGGGGGUUCUUGUCCAUGGUCGACCAUCUCUCAUUCCCGAUCGAAUCGCUCUGAAUGGCGACAAAAGUGAUGAUACCGACUGGGACGUUCGCCCUUGCACGAUGGAUGAUUUCCCCGAAACAUCGACCAAUGCAGAUGAUGGAUCAUACGGCAGCGUCGAUGUAGAAAUUGGCCGGUCCUCAUUCCUGCACUCCAUCGAGCUGACUAAGAUUUUCAGCCAGAUCCAAUAUACAUUUUGCUCUGUCGGCGCAACAAGAAAGGGAGGCCGGUUGGACCGCCUAGGUGCGAUAGGAAUCACAGGGCUAGCGAAUCCUUUUGCACAGCAACUCAGAGAAUGGUACAUUGGCUUGCCAGAUGGCCUGAAGUUGAACACAUCUAGCCACGUUCGACGGCUGUCUGCUAGUGGUGCUUUGCAUCUCUCUCACAUGGCAGCCGAGCUCACCCUGCAUCGUGCGUUACUUCGCGCCUUGGGACCGGAUACACCACCGAGCCUCCGUUUCACCAUACGAGCUGCGUCUCGCGCACGCCUUCUUUCUGCACUGAGUCUCGUCGAAACCCUCCAACCUGAGCACACCCAGUCUUUCUGGGGGUUUGCUGCCUCUGCACAGAUGGCUAUGAUUGGUUCCUUUGCUGGUCUUCUCUGGGCUACAAGUGUGGCGGGGGAUGAGGCGAUCGAAUAUGCCAACGUAUUAGAACGACUACGGUGGGCAUUGCAAGUCCGCGGAUCGGCGGUUCCGUUUGUGCGCGAAGCCUUGCGUAUGAUCCACGAGGAAAUUGGCGACCUAGGUGUUUUCAAGGAUGCGACAUACACGGAUUUGCCUUGAUUUCAGUUAGCUACGCGCCAGCAGAGGGUGCCAGGACAUAAUACACGGUUUUCAUAGUGGGAAGGUAUUGCGAAUAUAAUGGAUUCGGGUAGUCAAGGAUGGAAUACGAGUGGCGUGUUCGGCAAAUGUACUUAAGACAUAUGACACCUUCUACUGAAUUCUG